AUGGAUGUGUCAAAGUUUGACUUAUCCGAGUAUAGUAUGGCACUACCUACUAUUAAAAAAUUAUCUUAUUUGGUUCAGGUCGAAGUUGUGGAAAAUUGGAAAUCUCUAGAUUCCCAUGUUAAAUUUGUUAAUGGAUAUCUCAGAGAAUUCAUUGCCAUGAAGAUCUCAAAUGGAAAUGUUAUCGUAAAAGGUUUGGUAACACAUUCUAUGGCCUACACGAAGCCCCCUCUAAAUUGUUGGGUUGGACUGAAACAGCAAGGGAAUGUUAUCUGUGGACAUUGUGACUGUAAAGCUGGGUUGGGUGGGUAUUGCUCACAUGUAGGAGUUCUUUUGUGGGGAGUAGUAAAUCUGUCGGAAGAAACUGUGACAAGUGCAAUUCAACAGUGGCAUAAUAAAGCAACCAUAAAUCAUCCAGAACUCCCAACAGCGAUAUCAUCUCUGCAAACCGCAAAGAGGGGAAAUGUUGAAGAUAAGAAAUUUGACGCAUUAUCUGAUGAUUCACUUCAUAAAAUGCUAUUCAAACUUGAAAAGGAAGAACGCGGGGUUGCGUUACAUAGAUUAAUCGAACCCUUCAGUGAAAAAUGUGUUCCGCAAUUACUAAAAACACCUCUACCACAGAGAUUAACGGCAUUGUUUGACAAAGCUAAAGUUGAUCUCCCUAUCGCAGAAAUUCAAAGUUUAUGUGAAGAUCUAAUUAUUAAUUACUCAGUAAAUAUUGAACAGCAAUCUAUCAUCGAGCGGAUUACUAGAAGCCAGGCAACUUGUAAAAAUUGGUACAAGAUCAGGGAGGGAAGAGUCACAGCAAGCAAAGUUUAUCAAGUAACUAGAACCAGUUUACAAAACCCUUCUAAAUCUUUACUACAACAAGUAGCAUACCCUAUGGAUUCAUUAUUCCAAUCACAAGCAACACAAUGGGGAAUAAAACAUGAAAGUUCAGCUAUCAAUCUUCUUAAGCAACUCAUGAACACUAACAAACUCCAUCAAGAAUUUGUUGUUUCUGAAAAUGGAUUGUACGUUUCUCUUUCACAUGGUUACUUAGCGGCAACUCCAGAUGGGAUUUCGCAUUGUAAAUGUCAUGGAAAAGCCGUAAUAGAAGUGAAAUGCCCUUUCUCUCACAAAGAUCGUACUUUGGAACAAGCUGCUAUAAUAGAUCCCAACUUCUGUCUAUAUGUAGAUGAAGAUGGAAUUCUCAAACUUAAACGAUCUCAUCCGUACUUUUAUCAGGUUUUACCGCUAAUAAUAUGA